CACUCCAGCAUAAAGCGGCAUGGGGAGCCAACAGCUCCAGCCUGGACGAGCAGCCUUCACACAGUCUCCCAGCCCUCUCUGCGUCCACGCCAUGAAGUCCGCAGGGGCCAAGGACCACCCGUCCUCCUGCGUCUCCUCGCCCUCGGAGCCUGAGGAGCUGGACAGCGGCAGCGAAAGCUCGGAAAAGUCGACGGGUGAAGCCAGGAAGCGACCCCACCGAUCCGCCCGUAGGUUGGUGGGGGUCAGUAAGCAGAGGCAGGCGGCGAACGCCCGGGAACGCGACCGGACACACAGUGUGAACACGGCCUUCAGCACCUUGCGGACGCUCAUCCCCACGGAGCCGGCCGACAGGAAGCUGUCCAAGAUCGAGACGCUGCGGCUGGCCUCCAGCUACAUCUCCCACCUCGCCAACGUGCUGCUGCUGGGCGAAAGCUGCAGCGAUGGGCAGCCUUGCCUGCAGUACCGCGCCGUCCUCCAGGGAGGCGCCACCCGCGCCUCACUCAGACCCAUCUGCACCUUCUGCCUCGGGAACCAGAGGAAAAUGAUGCGAGCCGGGGAGAAACAGAGUCCACGGGCCUGAGCGGCGGACCUGGACGCCACGUCCUGCUCAACGUUUACAUGUAAAAGACUCUUCGACUUGUACAGACAAAAGAAGCAGAUGUAUAUUUUUCUAAAUCUCUGAGGACAGAAGAAAAUCUAGUUCAACACUGAAAUGCACUUUUUCUCCCUCUUCGUUUACGAGUGUCUUGGGCCUUGUUUUGGUGGCGGUAACCGGAGCCUGGCGUGUGAAGCAGCACCUGGCAGUGAGUUAUUUCAGUGUCAGAUAUAGUGAGCCUCCGCGGGCCUCUCCUUAAAAAACAAGCCCCAUGUCUGGCCUUCCUGGGUCACAUGACGGUAACCCAAGCCUGCAGCGGUUGCUGUCAGUACACAGCCAGAGCGCUUUUGGGGUAACUCUCUGGGCCCCUCCCUCUUCCCCUAGACUACCAGCUGCGUUCACAUAACACAUAACAGGCUCCGCCCACAGAUGCGUUGUUGUCUAGCCAGUGUUACGAGGUGGGCUUUACAGAGCUUUAGCACAAAAUCCCAUUUAACCUAAUUGUCAUCAAAAUAUGUCAAUUUGGUACCUAUUGUUAUUUUUACUAUACACUCACCAGCCACUUUAUUAGGUGUUCGGACCACGGCAGACCGAGCAUCAGAACGGGGA